AAGCGCCGGGAGGCCCGAGCCGUCCCAGGGUGCCCCGCGCGGCGUGGACUCGGGCCGCUGCCGCCAUCCCGCUGGCGAGAGGGAGAGAGAGGAGAGAGAGAGAGGCCCGCCCGCUCGCCGGCCGGGCCAGUGUGGGCCAGUGCGUGAGGGCGCGGGGGCCGUGUCAGCGAGACGCAGGGCGCAGCCGCCGCCGCCAAACGGACAUGUUGGAGCCCAGCGCCGCCGCCGCCGCCUCCUAUUCCUCAGCCAGCGAACGGGACUGAGUGCGGGCCCGCCACCCUCCGCCUCUGCCUCCGCCGUCUGCCUCGGCCGCAGCCCCUUCCUGCUCAGCCUCGGGCUGCGCUCAGCUCGUCGCCUCCCCCCAAGCCCCUAGGCCCGGCCGGUUCCUCAGCCCCGCUCCGCCGCGGCGCGAGGUCUAUGUGACCGGCGGGCCCGGAGCAGCCGCCGCCGCCGCCGCCGCAGCGCGAACAUGGACGCCGUCAACGCCUUCAACCAGGAGCUCUUCUCACUUAUGGACAUGAAACCUCCCAUCUCUAGAGCCAAGAUGAUUCUUAUCACUAAAGCUGCUAUUAAAGCUAUUAAGCUUUAUAAGCAUGUAGUUCAAAUAGUAGAAAAGUUCAUCAAAAAGUGUAAACCAGAGUACAAAGUUCCAGGAUUAUAUGUAAUUGACUCAAUUGUGCGACAGUCUCGUCAUCAGUUUGGAACUGAUAAAGAUGUUUUUGGGCCAAGAUUCUCUAAAAACAUAACCGCCACAUUCCAAUAUUUGUAUCUUUGUCCAUCUGAGGAUAAGAGUAAAAUAGUCCGUGUGCUGAACCUUUGGCAAAAAAAUGGAGUGUUCAAAAUUGAAAUUAUUCAACCACUUUUGGACAUGGCAGCAGGAACCAGUAAUGCCGCCCCAGUAGCAGAAAAUGUUACCAAUAAUGAAGGCUCACCUCCACCUCCAGUAAAAGUUUCUUCUGAAACCCCACAAGCCACUCCAAACUCCUUACCAACUGUCCCACAGUUGCCCAGCUCUGAUGCUUUUGCUGCUGUGGCUCAACUGUUUCAGACAACUCAAGGUCAACAGCUUCAGCAGAUCCUUCAGACUUUUCAACAACCUCCAAAACCACAGUCUCCCGCCCUUGACAAUGCUGUGAUGGCUCAGGUUCAGGCUAUCACAGCUCAGUUAAAGACAGCUCCUACACAACCACCUGAACAAAAAGCUGCUUUCCCCCCACCUGAACAAAAAACUGCAUUUGACAAGAAGCUGCUUGAUAGAUUUGAUUAUGAUGAUGAGCCAGAGGCUGUGGAAGAAUCAAAGAAAGAGGAAGCUGUUGCUGCCACCACUGCAGCCCCUGCUGCCGUUGCACCUGCUGCCGUUGCACCUGCUGCGCCUGCCACCACAGCCCCUGCUGCCACAGCGCCUGCUGCCACCUCUCCUCCUCCUCAGACACCCUUCGGAUUUCCUGGAGAUGCCAUGCAGCAGCCAGCAUACACGCAACAUCAAAAUAUGGAACAGUUUCAACCUCGAAUGAUGGGAAUGCAACAGGAUCCGAUGCACCAUCAGGUUCCACUUCCUCCUAAUGGACAGAUGCCAGCGUAUGGACUUCUUCCUACAGCAUUUCCUCCCAUGGCUCAGCCUGUGAUUACUCCACCUCCACCAGUGCAGCAGCCUUUCCAACCUACUUUUCAGGCACAAAGUGAACCACAUACGCAGAAGCCACAUCAGCAAGAAAUGGAAGUAGAACAGCCUUGUAUUCAAGAAGUUAAACGGCAUGUGCCUGAUAACCGAAAAUCAAGAUCUAGGUCAGCAUCCAGGUCACCAAAAAGGAGGCGAUCUAGAUCUGGGUCUAGAUCUCGGAGGUCUCGUCAUCGACGUUCUCGAUCUCGCUCCAGGGACAGACGCCGGCAUUCUCCCCGCUCUCGGUCCCAGGAGAGACGGGAUCGAGAGAAGGAGAGGGAGCGAAGACAAAAGGGCCUUCCUCAGAUCAAAGCAGAAACUGCCAGUGUUUGCAGUACUACACUCUGGGUAGGACAGCUGGACAAAAGGACUACUCAGCAGGAUGUUGCCAGUCUCUUAGAAGAGUUUGGUCCAAUUGAAUCCAUUAACAUGAUUCCUCCCAGAGGUUGUGCCUAUAUCGUAAUGGUUCAUAGGCAAGAUGCUUAUCGUGCGCUGCAGAAGCUGAGCCGAGGAAACUAUAAAGUGAACCAGAAAUCCAUAAAGAUUGCCUGGGCCUUGAACAAAGGAAUAAAGGCAGAUUAUAAGCAGUAUUGGGAUGUAGAACUUGGUGUUACAUAUAUUCCAUGGGACAAAGUCAAGCCCGAGGAAUUGGAGGGAUUUUGUGAAGGAGGAAUGCUGGACAAUGACACACUUAACCCAGAUUGGAAAGGAAUUCCCAAGAAGCCUGAAAAUGAAGUUGCUCAAAAUGGAGGUGCAGAAGCAUCACACACAGAACCAGUGUCACCCAUACCUAAACCUUUACCUGUGCCUGUUCCUCCUAUGCCUGUUCCUGCACCUAUCACUGUACCACCUCCACAGGUCCCACCGCAUCAGCCUGGUCCUCCUGUAGUUGGUGCUCUCCAACCUCCCACAUUCACACCUCCUUUGGGAAUUCCCCCUCCAGGUUUUGGUCCUGGUGUUCCUCCGCCCCCUCCUCCUCCACCAUUUUUGCGCCCAGGAUUCAAUCCAAUGCAUUUGCCACCAGGUUUUCUUCCUCCUGGACCCCCACCUCCUAUAACUCCGCCAGUAUCCAUUCCUCCUCCUCACACUCCACCAAUAAGCAUCCCAAACUCUACUAUCGCUGGUAUAAAUGAAGACACUACAAAAGACUUAUCUAUUGGAAAUCCCAUUCCAACAGUGGUGUCUGGGGCUAGAGGAAACGCCGAGUCUGGUGACAGUGCGAAAAUGUAUGGCUCUGCUGUGCCACCUGCUGCACCCACGAAUCUGCCUACCCCUCCUGUCACUCAGCCUGUUUCACUUCUGGGCACUCAAGGAGUGGCCCCUGGCCCUGUGAUCGGGCUCCAGGCCCCAUCGACUGGUCUUCUUGGCGCCCGCCCCGGCCUGAUCCCGCUCCAGCGCCCUCCCGGGAUGCCGCCGCCUCACCUGCAGAGAUUUCCUCUGAUGCCCCCGCGCCCCAUGCCGCCACACAUGAUGCACAGAGGCCCACCUCCGGGACCGGGGGGCUUCGCCAUGCCUCCACCUCAUGGAAUGAAAGGCCCCUUCCCACCACACGGCCCCUUCGUUAGGCCUGGGGGAAUGCCAGGGCUGGGGGGCCCAGGGCCAGGCCCAGGGGGUCCUGAGGACAGAGAUGGGAGGCAGCAGCAGCAGCAACAGCAACAGCAGCAGCAGCAGCCGCCUCCGCCACAGCCGCAGCCACCGCCGCCGUCACAACAGCCGCCCCCAGCUCAGCAGCCACAGCCGCCGCAACAGCAGCAGCAGCAGCAGCAGCAGCAGUUUAGAAAUGAAAACAGGCAGCAGCAGUUCAAUUCAGGUAGAGACCAAGAAAGGUUUGGAAGAAGAUCUUUUGGAAAUAGGGUGGAAAAUGACCGGGAACGGUAUGGGAACCGUAAUGAUGAUAGAGAUCAUAGUAACCGUGAAAGGAGAGAGUGGGGAAGGAGGAGCCCUGACCGGGACAGGCACAGAGACUUGGAAGAGAGAAGUAGACGCUCUAGCGGGCACCGAGACAGAGAGAGAGAUUCUAGAGAUAGGGAGUCUCGUAGAGAGAAGGAAGAAAGCCGAGGAAAGGAGAAGCCCGAGGUGGCAGACAGGGCAGGUGGGAACCGAACCAUUGAGCCUGCCGUUAGCCAAGUGGGAAAUGUAGACACUGGUGCAGAACUUGAUAAGGGCGAGUGCGAGUCUGCAGUUGUAAAACCUCCUGAAGAGUCACCUGCUGAGGCUACCUCAUCCGUUGAACCCGAAAAGGAUUCUGGCUCAGCAGCCGAGGCUCCUCGUUAGAGACUGGAACUUGUGGAUAUGACAGUGACGCGUGGAGUGUAGAGCUUGGGGUGUACAGAUGCUGUAUUAUAUUUGCUCCUGCUACAUCACAGCCCCACAGUAGCCGGUGGGGAACUGUAAGCAAUUUGAUUGCUUCCCUUCUAUUUAAAAAUAGCCACAAAAUAACAAAAAAUACUGAGAAUAUGAAUAAAAUAUUACCCCUUUUGCUGUAACUUUUUAAAAGUUUUGACUUUAAAAAGUUUACAAAUCGUAAUUAGAAGUGCUAUUUUUUUUUUUAAUUUAAGACAAGGUAAUGGUGAAAGCUCCUCAAAACAAUAGGGAUGUUUUUAAUAAACUCUAUUUUCGUAACAAACUUUAAUGUGUGCUAUUCUUCCUACACUGCACUAAGGUGGGGAAAGGAUUGUUCACCAUCAGUUUGAGCUGUUGGACUUACCUGAUGGAAGUAGACAUUUUUUAUGUAGUUAUUUUCAAAAUUCGUUUGUAAUGCUUUUGAUUCUUCGCAUUGCAAUCAUACAGUGAAGGCUAGUGGUUUUAUGUUCAUUGAAAAGCUUGUGUUUGCAGUUUAAUCAAGGUUCCCCGCCCACUGGCUUUAUCAUAAAUGUUGUCCUUACUUGUAAAGAGUUUGUUGGGGAAAAGCUGGACCCCCACAUUACACCUUGUACUUACCUGAUCGCCUGGGUAUUAUGUAGACAAUUGGUUUUUGUUUUGUUUUUUUUUUUUACCAUCCCAUUAAAAUCUUCAAAAGGGUAAAAAAUCAAGGUUAACAUUUGCAACUAAAAGGUUUUUGUCUGAUAUUCUGAAUGUUUAAGGACUUAAAUGUAACUGUUUCCUGUGAGCCUUGCCUGUUGCCUUUCUUUGCCACCUUUGACUGCACUGCUGGGGAGAGGUAGACCAGACUUUCUGCCCCGUAACAUGCCUUUCACCUGUUUUGGCGCAAAUUUAGGGAGUUAAACUAGGAGAAAGAGUUGUUAACCUAAGAACUAUCACACAAGGACAUCCAAAGCCAAAUCAAGCCUGACAGUAAAGCAGCUUCAUAAACUGCUGUCCCAGUGCCACCACCUGUGUCACACCUUCCCAAGGAUUUAUGGCCUUUCUGAAGCUUUUUCUCCAAAACUGUUUUUAAAGCUGUCUUGGUGUCAGUGUACUGAUAAGCAGUUAACUCAUUCUUCACCCUCACCCCCAGGCUGCUUUAUUGCUUUGAUUUUAAAUAGUGCUGUGCAGUUUUUCCAGGGAAACAUUCUACCCAGGGCACUGUUCCUGUACUCCUGACUUUAGAAAGUAAGGGAAGGUGUGUGGACUGAAGUGCUAAAACCUCUCCUGGAGAAAGUGUUAAAAGUCCGAACCGAAACUGCUUCUGAAGAGAAACGUCUCAUCCGUGGUGUGGAGACUGAGGAUCCAAGGCCGCCAUUUCCAACUGGAAAGUACUGACACCACCCUGUUUGCAUGUGAAAAACAUACUGGUAGCGUACAGGCCUUACCCGUGCAAACAGUAGUGAGCCUGUUACUGUUUGUAAAUACCCAUUUUAACCACUCACUAUGAGCACUUAUUCAGCAGUUUAAAGAACGAGAACAUGCUACUGUCAGUCUACCUUGAGUUUUUCUCUCCUAAGUGAUUUGCUAUAUUGCAUAAGGUACGUGGUAUAUUUCUGAACAAUCAGGAUGGUCACUUGUUCCUGGAGCAAACCUCUAAAAUAGAACAUGUACCAUUCUGGCAGGUAGAGAAAUUAGCCUCAAAUCUCCUUGCUUGCAAACCAAGGCUGCCACCUGCCUUUCACAGGUUUGCUAAAGACUAUCUACUUUAAAGAAUAAACUUUCUUAAGUCCUUUACAUGAAUGAAAAUGCGAAGUGACUAAGCAUUUGUAAAGUAAAGCUAGCAUAGACAGCCUAUGCGUCUGAGCUGUGCCUGUGGGGUGCUAUCAAACAGUAUUACGAAAUCUGUUCCACUCAAGCUCGGAGUAAAUGAGGAUCAGCGCUAACUCGGGUUUUCAGUUUGGAUUCUUUAAUAGGCUCGAAAGAAGUGCCACACAGUGUUUAUUCACAGGGCUGCAGAACUGAAUUCAGACAAUCAGUGUACACGCACGGGUAAUUAAGUCUGGCAAAAUACACACAUCAAACAGACAUUUUAAUUGAAUAUGAGUUUUAUAAAACCAUACAAAUCUUCCAAGGAUUCAGAAAUCAGUUUCACCACAGGUACUGAAAGCAACUUAGGAAACAUCACUGCAUGACACUUGCAGGUGACAGUGUUUAAUGUGCAUCAGGUUACAUGUCUACAACCAGCAGGCUAACAGAUGAGCUCCUGGGACUCAGACCACAUGGCAGGAAUGUUUAGGGGGCGAUCCCAAUGACACCACAGGCCAAACGACUGCCGGCGUUCCCGGUCUUUGUACUCUCGUCAUUUCCACCUUUGCCCAAGUCGUCUUCUUUCUCGUGGACCUUUAAGAAAUAUUAAGAACGUGUAACUGGGCUAUCAAGUAAUUAACACCUCUUCCCAAAGACUGUAUGAACGUCAAUGUCAAAAAUCAUCUGCCGAGCAGAGGAACCGCUAACAUUUAAUUCAUCAGUUUAAAAGGAGCAACUACUACUCCAGGCUCACUCUGGGUGGAGCAAUGACAUGCCAAAUGCUAGGUAAGCGUUGCACUCUCUCAAAACAUGGAAAACCACCAUUUAUUACAGGCUACACCACAGCUCCUACUCCUCCAUAAUAAACUUAAUAACCUUAGCUACAAUAGUCAUAAAAGUACAAAUUGCUUUUUAAAAAAAGGCAAAUGAAAGUAAACAUGUCAAAAUUUCAUGCCUAAUGAACGUCACAAGUCUAUAAGAAUCCUAAAAAUAAACCAUUCAGCAACAGUACUUUAAAUUUUCUGUUCAUCUAACAUUUUUAAGUGAUUUCCCACUUCACAACUAUGGCUGAAGAAAAUCCUGAGAGUGACCUGAAGGAAGUGACAACAAUGUCCCGCCCUCAGGAGCAGGCGAGGUGCUGCAGAUGGCGACCUCAGCGGUGACAGCCUGCAGCCCUGAGUGAGUGCUAAUGCUGACGUCCAUCCCGGAGUGUGGACCCAAUGAGAUGUCCUGCUUAACUACAAGGAAGGAGACCAACUGUGGCAAGAUGUGGCCAAUUCAAAACUAAUGACUGGUUCUGUUUCCCCAUUCAGAUCUAGGAUGACCAGUGUAAUCCACAUCUUACCACUACAGUGUUAUUAAAUGACCGAAAUAAAUUACUUCUAAGCUUUCAUCCAGUUUUCUAACCUGCCCCAACAGCACAAUGUAUUUGGACCUUUAGAAAACAAACUAUUAGGAAGCUGUGGAAAAAUACACGACUGAGUGUUGGAAGAAACUCCAUGCCCACCCGUACUACACGCAAACUUACCACCAGCGUGCGGCCAAUGACGGACAUAUCUCCCGAGAGUGAGAUCACAGAAUCUUCAAUUAACACAUCAGCCACACCAUUGCUGCCUGCAGUCACAUUACCCAGGUCGCCCACGUGCCUAAUGUUGAAGAAGCAUCAGAGCAAUCAGGACGGCCUUCCACUUAACAUCAGGACACCGCAUGGGCUAAAUUAAAACUUUACUAAGUAUAUGAGGGUUGGGCUAAAUGGUGUAGACAGCAUGAAAGACCCACUUCCCCAGCUUGAUAUAAUUUUGGAAACAAACUAAGUAGGCAUUCUAGACAGUUCUUCAAUCAAGGCUUCAAGUCUACAAAGUACCUCUGAUCUCAGUGGUCAGUUACCAAGGGGUAAACUCAGUGACUGAGUUAUGUUCAGUAACUAUUGCCCUCAGACCUCUUAUAAAUUAAUCCUUGUCUUGUUGCAUCUUCCUGAAAGGCGUUCGGAGGACAUUUAUGUACAAAUGGAAUCUCAUCAGUUUUCACUGUCACAUUUUUACCUGCAAAAUCUUCCUGUUUCAGAAUGCUGAUUUAUUUUGCUACUGGCUGACAGUACUGUUACUCAUGGCAUUUCCUGUAUUAGUUCCCUUUGGCACUUGUAUUAGUUCUGUAUUCAAUAAAUGCUACAAAACCAAA